AUGGCUUCCACUGACUCUUUCCUCGCCAUCCCGGGCUCUGUGGCGUUCUCUCGUUCGCGGGGACGCGCUAUUGCGGAGAGCCUUGGUGUGCAGGAUGUCCGCGCCCAAUGGAUUCAUUAUGUGCACAACUCUCAACCUCUGAACGAGUCACAGCAGUCAGUGCUCGAGCAACUGCUGCGCUACGGGGAUAUCAAUGACAUCCCGCCUACUUUCACGUCCGACGAUGGCCAAUUCGAUACCUUCUACGUCUUCCCCCGAACCGGAACCAUCUCGCCAUGGAGCUCGCAGGCCACCGGUAUUUCGCACGUCUGUGGCCUCCGUCACUCCGUCAAACGUAUUGAGCGGGGUAUGAAAAUCUCAUGCCUUCGCAGGAGCACCGAGGACUAUAAAACUGGCUACAUGGACCUCCUUCACGAUCGGAUGACUCAAAUCAUCAGCACCGACGAACCCGACCUUCACCUCAUGUUUUCCGAGCACGCCCCCCAACCUCUAAAGACCAUCUCUUUGCAGGGUGGUGACAAGACCCCCAAGCAGGUUUUGCAGGAGGCGAACAAGGAAUUGGGCCUCGCCCUGGACGACUCGGAGAUCGAAUACUUGGCUGAAGCAUAUGGCCCCAACGGCGCUAUUGCUCGUGAUCCGACUGAUGUGGAGUUGUUCAUGUUCGCUCAAGUCAAUUCGGAACAUUGUCGCCAUAAACAAUUCAAUGCUUCCUGGGUCAUUGAUGGCAAGCAGAUGCCCAACAGUCUUUUUGCCAUGAUCCGAAACACCCACAAGAAGAACCCCGAGUACACUGUCAGCGCCUACAGCGAUAAUGCCGCCGUGCUGGAGGGCUCUGAGGCUGCUUUCUGGGCUCCUGAUUCCACCACUGGAGAAUGGAACCAUACCAAGGAACUUGUGAAUUUUUUGGCCAAGGUUGAAACUCACAACCAUCCCACCGCCGUUUCUCCUUAUCCGGGUGCUGCCACUGGCUCCGGUGGUGAGAUUCGUGACGAAGGUGCAGUUGGCCGUGGCUCACGCCCCAAGGCUGGUCUUGCCGGUUAUUGUGUGUCUGAUCUCCUGAUUCCCGGACACCGUCAACCUUGGGAACUGGAUGUGGGCAAACCAAACCACAUUGCAAGCAGUCUGGACAUCAUGCUGGAAGCGCCCAUUGGCAGUGCAGCAUUCAACAACGAAUUUGGCCGCCCUUGCACCGCUGGUUAUUUCCGUACUCUGACUACUGAGAUCGACAUUGGCAAUGGUCAAAAGGAAGUGAGAGGAUACCACAAGCCUAUCAUGAUUGCUGGUGGUGUCGGUACUGUCCGACCCCAGCAUGCCCUGAAGAACCCCGACAUUGUUAAGCCCGGGUCUUACCUCGUUGUCCUGGGUGGCCCUGCCAUGCUUAUUGGCCUUGGUGGAGGUGCUGCCUCGAGUAUCGCCUCCGGUGAGGGCUCAGCGGAUCUUGACUUCGCCAGUGUUCAGCGAGGCAAUGCCGAGGUUCAGCGAAGAGCUCAAGAGGUUAUCAACGCCUGUGUGGCGAUGGGUAACAACAACCCCAUCAAGUUUAUUCAUGACGUUGGUGCUGGUGGUCUCUCUAACGCUCUUCCUGAGCUGAUCCACGACUCCGGUCUGGGAGCGAAGUUCGAGCUUCGCGAAGUUGAUAGUGCCGACCGCAGCAUGAGCCCUAUGCAGAUUUGGUGCUGUGAGGCUCAGGAGCGUUAUGUCUUGGCUGUUGGCGAAGAUGGAAUUAACAAAUUUACUGCCAUCGCCCAGCGUGAACGCUGCGGAUUCUCCGUUGUCGGCCGUGGAGGCGGCACUUCGGAGGAGGAGAAGAGACUCAUCCUGCUUGACCGGGAGUCCAAGGACUAUCCGGCUCCCAUUGACCUGCCCCUCUCUGUCUUGUUCGGCAAGCCGCCUCGCAUGACCCGGACCGUGGAUUCCCGCAAAUUGACGCUACCUGCUGUGGACUCCAGCCUCGCCAAGUACUUGCCUUCCCUUUCCUCCAGGGUGGAGAUUGUUAGCGAGGCAGUCAACCGAGUGCUCUCCCUCCCUGCUGUUGGCUCAAAGUCCUUCCUCAUCACCAUUGGCGACCGUACCGUUGGAGGUCUAACGGCCCGUGACCAGAUGGUUGGCAAGUGGCAGACCCCCGUUUCCGAUGUCUCCGUUACUGCUACCUCCCUACUUCAAGGCGUCAAGAGCGGUGAAGCUAUGGCCAUGGGCGAGAAGCCUACUCUGGCCUUGAUCUCUCCUGCUGCUUCCGCUCGCAUGGCCGUCGCUGAGUCUCUUAUGAACAUUGCCGCAUCUGACUUGGUUGACCGCCUCAGCCGUGUUAAGCUGUCUGCCAACUGGAUGUCUGCUAGCAGCCACCCUGGUGAGGGCGCAGCUAUCUAUGAGGCUGUUGAGGCCAUUGGUCUGGAUCUGUGCCCUAAACUUGGAAUCAGUAUUCCUGUUGGAAAAGACUCUAUGUCUAUGAAGAUGAAGUGGAAGGAUGAGGCCUCCAACGAAGCCAAAGAAGUCACUGCGCCAAUGUCGCUUGUCAUCUCCUCUUUCGCUCCCGUCAAUGACUUCCGCAAGACCUGGACUCCGGCCCUCCGCAGUCUUGAGGAUGUUGGCGAGACUGUUCUCAUGUUUGUUGACCUUUCCUUCGGCCGCAAGACUCUUGGUGGUUCGGCCCUUGCUCAGGUCUUCAAUGAGGUUGGCACCGAGUGUCCCGAUGUCCACGACGUCGACCUCUUCCGCGAUUUCUUCGACGCUACUCAGCAACUUCAGGAAGCCGGCAUCGUCCUGGCCUAUCACGACCGUUCUGAUGGUGGUCUUUUGACCACCCUGGCCGAGAUGAUGUUCGCUGGCCGUUGCGGUGUGGAGGUUAUGCUUGACAACAUCUGUUCCUCCUUCCAGACUCAAGAUAUCAUCGAGUCUCUCUUCAAUGAGGAACUGGGUGCUGUCUUCCAGGUCCGUAAGGAGCACGAGAUUCAGUUCCGCUCUUGUUUCGCCACCUGCGGUCCUCCUCCAGGCCUGAUCCACAAGAUCGGUCGUGUAUCGGAGAAGAAGAAGCAGAAUCUCACCAUCUAUCACAAGGCCUCCCUGGUGUAUCGUGAAACUCGGUCCAACCUUCAACAGACCUGGUCCAAGACCUCUUACCACAUGCAGAAGAUCCGUGACAACCCCGAAUGUGCCGAACAGGAAUUUGAGAACCUCCUUGACGACGCUAACCCCGGUCUAUCCUGGAAUCCUACUUUUGACCCCAAGGACCGCGGUCUGCCUAUCAUGACCAGCCUUUCUCAGUACUCUCCAUUCAGCAACAAGCCCCGUGUUGCCAUUCUCCGUGAGCAAGGUGUUAACAGCCAGGCUGAGAUGGCCUUUGCAUUUAACGCCGCCGGCUUCUCUGCAGUUGACGUGCACAUGACCGACAUCAUCUCUGGUCGUGUCUCGCUGGCUAGCUUCGCCGGUCUCGCCGCCUGCGGUGGCUUCUCGUAUGGAGACGUCCUCGGUGCUGGUCAAGGUUGGGCCAAGUCUGUCCUGCUCCACGAUAACACCCGGAAAGAAUUCCAGGCCUUCUUUGAACGUCCUGACACUUUUGCGCUGGGUGUGUGCAACGGUUGCCAGUUCCUGUCGCGUGUCAAGGAGCUGAUUCCCGGCGCUGGAAACUGGCCCAGCUUUGAGCGCAACACCAGUGAGCAGUACGAGGGUCGUGUGUGCAUGGUUCGCAUUGCGGAUCCUGACCCAUCACGCCCCAGCGUUUUCUUCCACGGCAUGGACGGUACCUCGCUUCCCAUUGCCGUCGCCCACGGCGAGGGUCGCGCUUCAUUCGCCGGUACUCCAGGCACCACCGCCACUGACUUUGUGCGCGAGGGUCUCGCUCCCGUUCGCUACGUCGACAAUGCCACCCUCAAGCCGACCAUGCGUUACCCCUUCAACCCCAACGGCAGCCCUGAGGGUAUCGCCGGUGUGCGUAGCCCUGACGGCCGUGUCUUGGCCAUCAUGCCUCACCCUGAACGUACCGUCAUGGGUGGAAUUGCAAGCUACCUGCCUCCGAAUGCUGAGGAGUGGGGUGACCUCGGCCCCUGGGGUCGUAUCUUCUUUAGCGCCAGACGCUGGGUUGGUUAA